AUGGAGUCGAAUAUGGUUGCCCUAUUUGAAGCUUUAGAGCCUAAAACUUUGUUAAUUUUCUUCGUCGUACCUCUUCUUUUCAUGUUUCUUGUAUCAAGAUUUCGUCGGAAACCCUAUCCACCAGGACCUAAGGGGUGGCCGGUGUUAGGAAACAUGGGGAUCAUGGACCAACUAACUCACCGGGGCCUCGCAAGAAUUGCAAAGAAAUACGGCGGCAUCUUCCAUCUCCGCAUCGGGUUUCUACACAUGGUGGCAAUAUCGAGUCCCGAUAUCGCACGCCAAGUGUUACAAGUCCAAGACAACAUAUUUUCGAACCGUCCAGCCACUAUUGCCAUAAGUUACUUGACUUAUGAUAGGGCUGAUAUGGCAUUUGCUCACUACGGACCCUUCUGGCGGCAGAUGCGAAAGCUCUGCGUGAUGAAACUCUUCAGCCGCAAACGGGCAGAGUCUUGGGACUCCGUCCGCGACGAGGUGGACUAUAUGAUCGGCCAGGUUGCAACAAACUCCGGUUCUCCCGUGAACAUCGGCGAGUUAGUCUUCGGCCUAACGAGAAACAUUAUCUACCGGGCUGCGUUCGGUUCGAGUUCGCACGAGGGACAGGAUGAUUUCAUCAAGAUUUUGCAAGAAUUUUCCAAACUUUUUGGUGCUUUUAACAUUGCAGAUUUCGUUCCAUGGCUUAGUUGGAUGGAUCCACAGGGCCUAAACAACAGAUUGCAAAAAGCUCGUGCUUCACUUGAUGGAUUCAUUGAUUCAAUUAUCGAUGAACAUAUGCAGAAAAAGAAGCCCAAUGAUGCGGUCGAAACUGAUAUGGUGGAUGAGUUAUUAGCUUUUUACAGUGAUGAAGCAAUUGUUACAGAAUCAGAGGAUUUGCAGAACUCUAUCAAACUCACCAGAGAUAACAUCAAAGCCAUCAUCAUGGAUGUAAUGUUUGGUGGCACUGAGACGGUGGCGUCGGCCAUUGAGUGGGCCAUGGCGGAGCUGAUGAGAAGCCCAGAAGAUCUAAAGAAAGUCCAACAAGAAUUAGCCACCGUCGUCGGCCUAGACCGGAGAGUUGAAGAGUCGGACUUCGAGAAGCUCACCUACCUCCGGUGCUGUCUCAAGGAGGUGCUCCGUCUCCAUCCGCCAAUUCCCCUCCUCCUCCACGAGACGUCCGAAGCGGCAGUGGUGGCGGGGUAUCAGAUUCCGGCCAAGUCCCGUGUCAUGAUCAAUGCAUGGGCCAUUGGACGUGACAAGAAUGCAUGGGAGGAUCCGGAUGAGUUCAAACCCGCUAGGUUUCUCAGAGACGGGGUGCCGGAUUUUAAAGGAAGUAAUUUUGAGUUCAUUCCAUUCGGGUCGGGUCGGAGGUCCUGCCCCGGUAUGCAACUCGGGCUUUAUGCAUUGGAAGUGGCUGUGGCUAAUCUUCUCCACUGUUUCACUUGGGAACUGCCUGAUGGGAUGAAACCGAGUGAACUCGACAUGGAUGAUAUUUUUGGACUCACUGCGCCACGAGCAACUCGGCUUAAGGCGGUGCCGAGUCCAAGAUUGCUGUGUCAACUCUACUGA